ACUAAAAUAAUAUCUGCAGAGUUUCAGUGAUAUAUGUUGUGCAUUUAAUUAUAACUAUCAUAUGUGUGCCAAAGAGCUUGGAGCAUGUUCGAAAUAUAAUAAAGAAGACGUUAAUUCUAUAAACUUCAUUAUUUUCAUCCAGCAUUAUAAAUUCCAUCUGACUAUUCAAGAGGGACUGAUAAUAUGUCUGCAAAUACUAGUACAGAAACUGUGAUGGAGAACAUUGAUUUCUCAUUUGUUUUAGAGGAAGUAAAUGUACCAACAAGUUCUAAUCUUACUGAGAAUAAACAUACUGAUAUUUCCAUUGUUAAGAAUACUGACUUACAUGAGGCAGAUCCUGGAACUAUGAUGGAAGCUGCAGGAGGAGAAAAUUCCAUAAGGAAGGAAAUUAUUGCAACAGAUACAAGUACUGUAGCAAAUCAUGUAGUUGCAAAAGUGUGCAGUUUUCCAUUAAAACUCUACUGUCCAUUCUGUUGCAGUAACAAUUCAUCUGCAAGCUGGCUUAAAGGGCACAUACGGAAUGAGCAUGCAACUCAUCUGGAAAGGAUUUCAACAGAAAAUAACAUUAACUCUCUUCAUUCAUGUUAUUUCUGUCAUGCUAGAUUUUACACUGAUGACUUAGUAAUACUGCACAUUGGACAGCACCAUCAAGAUAAUGUUAUUGCAAUGUUUCAGGAGAGUGAGCCAAAUAAAUACAUAGUAUGUGGCUUUUGUCCAUAUAAAGUAUUAAAUAAAUAUAAACUACAUCUUUUAGCACAUGUAGAAGAAAAUCAUUUCACAGAGUUCAAAAUUUACAUGGGCCAAAAAUGUUCAAAAACUGCAAAGUGUAAAAAAUUGCAAUACACUCUUGACAUGAAAGAUUCACGUAUACCUAACUUGCAUGCUUUAUUUAUGAAGAUGAGCAUCAAAGGAAAUAAAGUGGGUAAAGAUUAUAGUCUCGAUCAGUCAGAAUACAAUUCCAGUUCAAAAUUCAUUAAUCAGAAUACAGAUCAAUUACUGGAUGCUGAUGGAAAUUUUAUUGAUAAGCUUGUUGAAAUUAAAAAUAUUGGAACUGGAAGAGAGCUCCCCAUUAGGAGAAAGCUGAGGUUUGAUUUGCCAGAAACCAACAGAUUUAAAAAAUCUAGCAAAGAAAAUAUUUCCUGUAGUACAAAUACAAAAGUAGUGACCAAACACACACCAAAGCCAUCAAAAAUCAAGCCAGUUUCAGCUUGGAAAUCUUUUUUCUCAUUCAAAAGAAAGCAAAUUAAGAGUCGUAAAUCAAUUUCAAAAUUGGUAACAAGUACCCCAGAUGCCGUACAUUUCCAAACAGGUAUAAGAAGGCCAGAGUAUGAUAAAGAUAUAUCAGUCAUCAAGCUCAGACAUAUAGCAAAGGACAAACCCACUGCUUCUAUAAAUGAGGACAGAUGUAUUUCUAAAAAGUAUUCAGAAGCUGAUACACAGGAUGAUACUUCAGAAGUGCUCAAUAAGGAUUUGAAAAAUGUCAUUUCAAAGACACUGCAUCCUGCUGCUUUGGAAAUAGAGGAUGAUACAUUCUGUAGUUGUGCUUCAUAUGUAGAGAUGUUAAAACAAUUUCAGUGUGCAAUGUGCUUUGACGGUUUUGUAAAGAAUAUCGAUUUGCUCACUCAUGCAAGACAGCAACACACUGGUCCACUCAAACUGCUACGACCAUCCUACAAAUGUGGUCAGUGUGAAGCUAAAUUCUACAAGAACAGCUAUUUGGUUAAGCAUUGCAGGUUUCACCACACACCUCGAUGUCUUACAAAUGAGUUACCAAGCUAGUAGAAAACAUAAUGAAGCAACAGUAAAAUAUCAUAAGAAAAUACUCUAGGAAUAAGACAUCACAAUUUCUAUUUAUUACAAGGGUCAUUACAGGUAUUUGAGAACAUGGAGCUGAUCCAGCAGCACUAACAGAUAUGGACCCAAACUUUGAAACACAAUUUGUACCAUAAUUCUCUCAAAGUUUUCAGAACACAGGAAGGAAUAAAUCUCUCAGGAGUGAAGACUGGAGCAGAAAAGUGACCACUGGAGUGACUGAGAAGAACACUGUUCACAGCAGUAAAAGUGUUCUUCAUGGAAGAUCAGAGAUGACUUAUAAUUAAAAUACAGACAACAUUCCUUACAGUCUGCCUGUAUAACUGCACCAGCCUCAACAUUUCUACCAUGAAGUUGGUGGCAUGUUCCUUCAAAAUGUCAGGAUUCACCUACUAAACUACAGUGUCACAACCCAGCUAAACUCUGUAAAAUUAUCACUAUGAAAACCUUAAAAUUUGUAAAACUGACAUCAGUUUGCCUCAGUGGUUCCUGCCAUCUAACAAAAGCAACUCUGCAUGAGGGGGUUUUGGUGUUGAGUGCCUCAUAAAUUGAUAUGAAUAGGAUCCUAAGGUGAUUUGAGAAUGACAAAUCUCAUCCAAUUUCUGACAUUUUCAUAGUGUCAAGACAUGGACCAACCUCAGCCUGAAACAAAAAGAACAGAUAACUGUAAACAUUUAUGGUGGUUACCCCUCAUGAAAGUAAAAGUACCAAUAAGUUUUGGGAAGAAGACUGUGGCUUUUAUCUUUAUAACAGAUGUUCAUGCUGUUGUCAUUACAGUUAAAUGAUUGAAAGGCUUCAAGAAAUGCAGGCCAGAACAGUCCUCUCAACUAUGAUUCUUUAAACAUAUAGAACACCACAUUAAUUCCUAUCCAGAACAUUUCAGUGUAUCUACUCACCCAUCAAGCUUAGGAUACAAACCCACUAUCAUGUGACUACUUUCAACAAAAAGGGGUCACAGUAAAUAGUGUAAGGUACAAUGAUAUGAGAAACUAAACCCAAGGGUCCUUGGACAAAGCAAUGGCCUACAGAAUUGAAGACACAAAAUGUUAAUAAAAACAACAAUGUACAACAAUGAUACAACAACACUGAUACAACAAUGUAUCAGUAAGAAAGAUUCAAUAGAAAUGUGCCAGAUGCCAAUCACCAGAGACAUCUUUGGCCCAGUUACAUGAAAAAUCAAGCAAGCAUUCAGGUAUACAUCCUGGUGACUUACUGGACGCGUUUCUUAUAAAAUUCCAUAAGCUUUUCAUAAAACCAGUUUUAUAUAGUCUGCUGUAUCUCAGCAUAAGCUUUUUUUUUUUUUCUGAAUGCUUUAGUCAGAGAUAUGGAGAUACAGAAAUUGCACAAACAGAAGUUUAAAGUGAUCCCUCGUGGGGCGAGGGACUGCAGGUGCUUGUACUGCAUGACAACUCUGGUUCAUAAUGGUGAUUCCAAGUUCUGACAUUGGUGACCUGGUAGAAAAUUUCUACUGAAUCUCCCAUUAUAAUUUUAAAAAUUAAGAAUGAAGUAAUCAACUUUUUGUGAUGUCAUAAUUUUAUUAAUAACAAAGAUACUUAGAAUGUUUAUAUGAACACAAUUCUGUAUUCAGGCAAGCUUUAUACAUGUUAGAUAUUAAAUACCCUUCUUAUACAUCACUUGUUUUUUUCUUUAUAUACAGGACAUCAUUGUUAUGUCAGAAUUUCUGCUGUCUGGUAUAGAAAUUCUGUUAUAAAUGAUCACAGAUACCGAUUGUAAGUUGAUAUGCAUAGCCACAAACUCAAUCGGAUGAUAUCUUUGGUAAACGCUGUCUUAUCAAACCUUUGAUUAAUGCUAUGUUCAAUUUGGAAUUAAACUGGAAAAUAAUAACAGUAGGUCUUCAGAAGUUUUGCAUGUAAGUAAAACUUUGGUUACAAGUUUGGCUUAUUCAGUUGAUUUCUACUAGUCAUAAUAAGUACAAAUAAUAUACAGUGUUUAAUGCUGUAAAUAAUAUAUCAAACACACUUUAAAAUACAUUCUGAGGAUUCAAAUAAAAUAGGCCUUGACUUUCUUUAUAAUGACAUCAUAUAAAUUUAUUUUGUAGGAAAUUUCAACAGAGACCUAUUCAUCAAGGUAAUUUCUUUUCUUACAUAUGCUACAUGAACCUACUUCAUAUAAAUGACGUGUAGGCCAGGAAAUAUAGAGCUCUCACCUGUCACACUUGUAUGAUUUUCUUGGUUUACUAUUACUCUGCACUGUAUUAUAUCUACGUAUGAAUUCUUGUAGGCUGAGUGAAACAAAGAUCACUAUAUUUGUAUCCUGCUUCCACCAAGUUAGAAUAUUCUUGAAAGUCAUCAUUCAUUUGAGCUCCAGUUCAUAACUUCAUUUCUUAUGUUUUGUGCCAAUGAUAAUUAAUUAUCACUGUGUUAUGAAACAAAGAAAAUUGACUAGGUAGGUAGACAGAGUGCCAACUUUAGUGGACAGAAGGUGUCGCAUGAUCAGUGCAAUGGAUCCCCACGGCUAUUAAUCUCAGUUGUCUAGACCAGAGCUGCCAUUUCCUUGAAACAGCUCCUCAAUUAUCCUCAUGAGGCUGAGUGGACCCUGUUCCAGACCCACUACUUCUCAG